AAACGGAAAGAACAUGUCUUUCUUAAUGACAAUUUUUCAUUCUUCUAUCUAAUUGCAACGAUUUGCAGAUGUUGGUUCCAAUGGUGGAUGUUUUCAUGUUGUUUUGAGAGAAAGUUGAUUUCAUUAUUUUGAGAAUGGAUUGUUUUCAGGAGUGUUUGUCACCGUCUUCUUCUUUGUCUCUGUCAUCUACUUCAUCUUCAUCCCCUAUUCCUCAUCCAUCAUCACCUUCUUCUUCUUCUCUAUCUUUGUCUUCUUCUUCCUCUUCUUCAUCAAACAACCCUCAUCCAUUGUCAAUUGAUGAUGAACUCUGGAUUUUGGCUGAGGAAAGAGCCCAGGAGAUUCUUUGUAUCAUUCAACCAGCUUUGGUUUCUGAGGAAAAUCGAAAAAGUAUCAUUGCUUACUUUCAGAGGCUAAUCAAAGGCUACUAUGGCUGUGAGGUGUUCCCAUUUGGCUCAGUUCCCUUGAAAACCUUCCUUCCCGACGGAGAUAUCGAUUUGACUGCUCUUAGUCAUCAAAAUAUGGAGGAAAAUUUGGCAACAUAUAUCUGUAAUAUCUUACAAGAUAACCAGCAUAACUCUGAUUUUGUAGUACAAGAUGUUCAAUAUAUACGUGCUCAGGUUAAGAUAGUGAAAUGUACCGUGAAUGAUAUACCCGUGGACAUCUCUUUCAAUCAAAUGGCUGGUCUAUCCGCACUAUGCUUUCUUGAGAAGGUUGACCAACUUAUCGGAAAAGAUCAUCUUUUCAAACGCAGUAUCAUCUUGAUCAAGUCCUGGUGCUAUUAUGAGAGCCGAACUCUCGGUGCACACCAUGGCUUGAUUUCUACAUAUGCAUUAGAAAUAAUGAUCUUGUAUAUCAUUAACGUCUUCCAUUUGUCAUUAUGCGGCCCACUUGCGGUCCUUUACAAGUUUUUAGACUACUAUAGCUCAUUUGAUUGGGCAAAUUACUGCAUCACUAUAACUGGUCCAGUUUCCAUAUCCUCCCUUACAGCAGUUUUUGCUGAGAUUCCUGAAACCGAUGUGGACGAACUUCUGCUUAGUCGGGACUUUUUGAGUUAUUGCAGAGAAACGUAUUUCGUGCCAACGCAAUCUCUUGAGAUCGGGGCCAAUGGUUUUCCUGUCAAGUACAUGAACAUUGUGGACCCGUUGAAAGUAAACAACAACCUAGGCCGAAGCGUUAGCAAAGGUAAUUUCCACCGAAUUCGAUGUGCUCUUACCUAUGGGGCACAAAGGCUCGGUGAAAUCCUGAUGCUGCCUGGUGAAAACAUGGGUAUGGGACUCGAAAAGUUCUUUGUUAAUACUUUGGAUCGGAAUGGAAGAGGACAGAGGCCGGAUGUACGAAUUCCGGUGCAUGCCUUUGGCAGCGGCAAAUCCGAAGUUUCUGAUCUGAGUGGUGACUGUGACGGUUACUGUAACGGUCUACUAUAUAGUCAAUGGUAUCAUUACUAUGCAGUGAAUGUUCCUCUGCAGCCAACAACCACCGUAUCAUCAUCAUCAUCUUCUCAGUCACAAAAGCACAGUGCAUGGGAUGCCCUACGACGGCUUGUUAGGUGCAAACGUAACAACUUUAAUCGUAAGGGGACGAAUGUUUUUAUCCCGAGACUACCGUUCUCUCAUCCUACUGCUCUCCGGUUAACAGCUUCUACGUAUGGUAUGGACAACAUGACAAAGUUCAGAGGAACCGGCACUUACAUCCCCGACAUGACCCAUCUGCCGCAGAGAGAGAAGCAGGCAUGUAUAGGCACUCGGAAUCGUGAGUCUUCUGCUCCCUGUUCAUUGCAGAACUCCCCGAAAGAAACUGACUCUGUUGAAAAUGACUGUGGAAAUGGGAACUGUCAUGAUCUUGACCUUUCAACAGAACAAUUCCCUCUUCUUCCAUCGACCAAAAGGGACACGAAAAGCUGUCAACCUAGUCUGCCCGCAUUGAAGAGUCCCGAACCUGAGAAUGGCUCCCAAUGCUUACCGGUCAUUAAAUUUGGUGUUUACGAGUGUCCAUCCUCAACAGGUAUGCAUUCACCGCCACCUCUGCAAACAAAACCCAUGUUAUGCAUGCUUUUGAUCGAAAAGCAGGAGCAAAAGGAGCUUUGCGAGCUUAAAAGUGAAUCUUUCAAGCUGCUAGACAAUAAAGACUUCCCUCCUUUACUAUCUACGUGAACAAAACGUUCAACGGAGACUGCAUCCGCUGGUCGAUUGACGUAUGAGAUUUGUACCGUCGUCUGCUGUGUCGAAAAUUUGUACACAGUUUUGUUUACCUUUGUUGGGUAAUCUGGAGGGACAUAACCAAUGAUGAUGGACUUUGUUCAUCAUAAAUUAGGCUUUUAGGGUGAUUUUAAACAAACACUAACAGUUAAUAACUCUUUUGUUUCUUUAAAUAUGCGAUGCAGAUUUUAGUUUGAUUAUCA